AUGGGCGAUUCCGACCAUGAGAAGGCGCUCGCCCCUCAGCAGUCAAUCGACAUGAAGAACGGAGAUGCUGCAAGCAUCGAUCAGGACGCCCUCAAGCUGGCAGAGAUGGGCUACACGCAAGACAUGCAGCGGAAUUUCAGUGUCCUAUCCGUCCUCGGAGUGGGCUUUUCGCUUACAAACACCUGGUUCGGAAUCUCAGCUGCUUUGGUCACCGGAAUCAAUUCGGGAGGACCGCUGCUCGUCAUCUACGGCGUUAUCAUCAUUGCCGUCGUGUCAAUCUCCGUCGGCGUCACUCUCAGCGAGUUGGCAAGUGCCAUGCCGAACGCUGGUGGCCAGUAUUUCUGGGCAAAUGAACUGGCACCAAAGCGAUAUGCAAACAUCGCGAGUUACCUCACGGGAUGGUUUGCUUGGGCUGGUGCCAUGUUUACCAGCGCGAGCGUCGCUCUGGCGGCAGGUAGCGCCAUAGUUGGGUCGUACCAACUUACCCAUCCAGAUCUCGUCAUCGACCGGUGGAUGGUGUUCGUUGCAUACCAAUUGGUCAACGUUUUCUGCUUUUUCUUCAACUGCUACGGCAAGACGCUCCCUAGAGUCGCCACAGUGGCCCUUUACACAUCGUUGAUAUCUUGGUUCAUCACCAUGGUAACUGUGCCGGCAACGGCUCCAACCCACCAGCACGCGCAAUUUGUCUUCGCUACCUUUAUUAACAAUACCGGUUGGCAAGAAGGCGGAAUCGCGUUCAUCGUCGGUCUCGUCAACGUAAAUUGGGGCUUCGCAUGUCUCGACUGCGCUACGCAUCUUGCCGAGGAAGUCCAUCGACCCGAGAAAAUGGUACCUAUCGCCAUCAUGGGCACCGUCGCGAUAGGUUUUGUUACCGGUUGGUUCUGGAGUGUGGCCAUGUUCUUUUCCAUCGUGGGCGAUUUCCAGGACAUAGUUGCCAGUUCGACGGGGGUGCCGAUCCUCGAACUGUUUUACCGAGCGAUAGGAAACAAGGGUGGUGCGAUAUGUCUCGAGGCCAUGAUUAUCGCCACAGCUUUUGGUUGCCUGGUUGCCAGUCACACGUGGCAGAGCAGAUUAUGCUGGAGCUUCGCAAGAGAUAGGGGAAUCCCGGGCCACCAAUGGCUCGGCAAGGUGCACAAGGGAUUGGACGUACCUGUCUAUGCCCAUCUGGUGUCCUGCAUUAUUGUGGCCAUCAUCGGCUGCCUUUACCUCGCAUCUCUAACGGCGUUCAAUUCGUAA